CUCUAACCACAGCACAUAACACCAACUCUUGAAGACUUUGGAUUAUUUUAGAGUAGAUCUUAGACCAAGUCCAUAACCAAGAGAAUGAAUGAAAAUUUUUAAAAUGCUACUUGUUUUAUGCUUUCUUCUAUUCCAUUUCAUACCAAGCUUCAACACCUUACAAACCAUUCUUCCAGGACAAUCAAUCAAAGAUAAUGAGACACUAAUCUCAAAAAAUGAAUUUUUUGAAGCAGGAUUCUUCAACUUUGGAGACACAAAUAUCCAAUAUUUUGGUAUUUGGUACAAGAAAAUUUCACCAAAAACUAUUGUGUGGAUAGCUAACAGAGACACUCCACUUGAAAACUCAUCAAGAGUUUUGAAUUUCACUGAUGAAGGAACUCUUUUCAUUGUUGAUUCCACAAAGGGUAUAGUAUGGUCCUCAAACACAUCAAAAAAAACAAUAAAAAAACCAAUUUUGCAGCUCUUGGAAAAUGGAAACCUUGUUGUGAAAAAUGAAAACAACCCAGAUGAUUUUUUGUGGCAAAGUUUUGAUCUUCCUGGUGAUACUUUGCUUCCAAGUAUGAGAAUCAGAACAAACAAAGUAACUGGUGAAUAUACAGGUUUGGUUUCUUGGAAAAAUACACAAGACCCUUCUACUGGUUUGUAUUCAUAUCAUAUAGAUAUUAAUGGUUUUCCUCAAGUUGUUAUUACAAAAGGAAACACAAUAUUGUUUAGAAUUGGUUCAUGGAAUGGAAAUAUUUUAUCAGGAAUUCCUUCUGACACACUCUUCAAAUCCUUUAACUACUCUUUUGUGAUUACUGAUAAGGAAGUUUCUUAUGGAUUUGAACUUUUGAAUGAAGCAAUUGUUUCAAGAUACAUGCUUAGUUCGACCGGUCAAGUCACGCGUUACAUGUUGUCAGAUCGGACAAUGAUCAGUUGGAACAUUUUCUUUGUUGGUCCUUCAGAUCAGUGUGAUAAUUAUGCUAUAUGUGGUGAUAAUUCUAACUGUGAUGUCGGUAACUCGCCGAUGUGUGAAUGUCUUAAAGGUUUUGUUCCUAAAACUCAAGAAAAUGGGAAUUUUGGUGGUUGUAUUAGGAAGGUGAAUUUGGAUUGUGAUGGCAACAGUGAUGGAUUUUUGAAGCUUGUGGUAGUGAAGUUGCCUGAUACAUCAAGAUCUUGGUUUGAUAAGAAUAUGAACCUUGAGGAAUGUGAGAAAUUUUGUUUGAGAAAUUGUUCUUGUACAGCAUAUGCAAAUUUAGAUAUUAGAGAUGGUGGAAGUGGUUGCUUGGUUUGGUUUAAUAAUAUUGUGGAUGUGAGAAAAUUAAGCUCUGGUGGACAAGAUCUUUACAUAAGAGUUGCAGCUUCUGAACUAGACCAUAACAAUGGCUUGAACAAGAAGAAGCUUGCAGGAAUUCUAGUAGGCUGUAUUAUGUUUACUGUGAUCAUGAUAAUACUUGGACUGGCCAUACAUCGGGUUCAGAGGAAGAAAGUAAAGAAGCAAGGGAAGAACCAAGUAUUUAGCUUGAAGAAUCACAGUGACAACAAAGAGAAUGAAGACAUUGACAUACCAAUAUUUGAUUUAUCAACCAUAGCUAAUGCAACCAAUGACUUCUCCAUUGAUAACAAAUUGGGGCAAGGAGGAUUUGGACCAGUUUACAAGGGUAUAUUGGAAAAUGGACAAGAUAUAGCUGUGAAGAGGCUUUGCAACACCUCAGGGCAAGGACCAAAGGAGUUCAUAAAUGAAGUUAAACUAAUUGCCAAUCUUCAACACAGAAAUCUGGUGAAACUGCUUGGCUGUUGCAUUCAAGAUGAUGAAAAACUUUUGAUGUAUGAAUUCAUGAUCAACAGAAGCUUGGACUACUUUAUAUUUGAUCAAACUAGAAAAAGUUUGCUACAUUGGAGUCAACGAUUCCAAAUUAUUUGCGGGAUUGCUCGAGGACUUCUUUACCUUCAUGAAGAUUCUAGAUUAAGGAUUAUUCAUAGAGAUCUCAAGACCAGCAAUAUUCUUCUAGACAAAAAUAUGAAUCCUAAGAUAUCAGACUUUGGUCUCGCUAGAACAUUAUGGGGAGAUGAAGCUGAAGGGGAAACAAGAAGAGUAGUAGGAACUUAUGGUUACAUAUCUCCAGAGUAUGCAGCAAGAGGGUUUUUUUCAGUGAAAUCCGAUGUCUUUAGUUUUGGUGUUAUUUUACUAGAGACAAUUAGCGGAAACAAGAACAGAGAAUAUUCUGAUGAUCAUGAUCUUGACCUUCUUGGACAUGCAUGGAGAAUGUGGUGUGAAGAAACACCUUUGGAGGUGAUAGAUGAAUCACUAGGAGAUUCAAUUGUUAUAGCUGAACCAGAAAUAUUGAGAUGUAUUCAAAUAGGUCUUUUAUGUGUGCAAGAGAGACCUGAUGAUAGACCAGACAUGUCAAGUGUAGUUCUAAUGUUGAAUGGUGAAAAAGCAUUGCCUAGACCAAAGGAACCUGCAUUUUAUCCACACCAAUUUGGCACUUCAUCAGGAACUAGUAAGAUGCAUUCAAACAAUGAAAUUUCCAUCACAUUGUUACAAGCAAGAUAGUAUUUAUGAAACCAAAGGCCAUUUCUUCUGUUAACUUUUUGUGUAGAAGUACUGAAUUAUAUAAAAGGAACCUCUUUAGGCAAACCAGUUAUCAUCAUCUACAGUUAUUCUAUUUCAACACAUUGUAUCUCAUUGGCAUUUACUAGUGUUUUUGGAAGAGUUCAUUUGAGUGGAUCUCA